GUUGCAGUGGAUCAACAUGUCGGUGUUUAGGCAACUCUUGCUGUGCACAUAAUGUGCUGCUAUGUUUGCUUGGUGCGUGCUCUCUCCUUUGUUCUUGGUUCCAGCUGUCGCCUCCUGGGUGAGUGCCAGCACUGGAGAAAUUGUUGAGGAGACUAGCUCGUUGGUUCGAGUGGGCACCGAGCACGGGAUCUUGGUGUCGCGAGAAGGCCUUACAGCAGUUCGAUGGGAUGAGGCCGUGCCAAAGCAGCCGGCUCUGCGUGCGGCCAUACAAGCCGCUGAGGAGGCGAGAAAGACCUUACGUGCACCAUGUCCAUCCACGGAGCCCACAAGCCGCCAAAGCUCAUGCAGCUCUUGGUGUCGCCAGGUGACAUCCAACGGACCCAGCACCAAAGCAAGGGUGGAAGGAACCUGUGCAUAUGGCCUCCAAUGCCUGUGCGAGGCAGGGCCGGAUGUCUAUGCUUCUUGCAGCAUGAGAUGUCAAGCGACAGAGGCGACAACGACGACGACCACACCAGUGAAGAGCGAGGCUGUGACCAACAGCCGCUUGCUGUUUUACGACACUCGCUUUUCAGUGGACUUCAUGACGCAGGUGGAGGUCUUCUUCGUGGCCUUGGAGCUGGUCCGUCGCUUGAACAGGCUGGUGGAGGAGAGCUGCCGUAAAGGCACUAGAGGCUCAGAGUGCCAGCCGUGGACGUUGGUUCUUCCGCCCUGGUGCUGGCUGCCCCGGUGGUAUGGCUUUGAGGGUGGUGCAGGGACGAGGUGGAGUGAACUUUUCAAUUUGGAGGCUCUAAAGUCAGCUGGAGUGCCCUUCCAGGAGUAUACUGGAAGUGCUGUGGACUUGGGGGUGGUCCCAGUGGCAGGGCGAAAGGUGCAACACCUGAAGGAUGGUUGGGGAGACUUCUUCGGCUUUACGAAGGAGAUGAAGGUUUGUGACACUCAUGGGCAGCAAGCACCACAAGCAGGCUCCAAACGUGGAUCAGUGGUCUAUGCUGGGUACUGUGAUUCUGAUAUCAUUGUCAGCAGCCUGAAGUGCGGAGUGCUGAGUGGCAGCUUCAAGUCUGUCCUGGAUUUGCUGGAGAGUGCUGGCCAAAGGAGCAGCAUUCUGCUGAAACAUUUGGAUGCCCUGCAGUUGCACAGCUCUGACGGUCCCUUUGCCACGCAGUUCCAUUCAGCGCUGAGCCCUUCCAAGGCACUGCAAGACUCUGCCCGGCGUUUUACAGACGUCGCUUUGGGAAGCUUGCCCUACCUGGCCGUGCACCUCCACCGGAGUGUGGUGCAUAAGGAGGCGACACCUUCCGCAGCCGCAGCUGCGGCUCGGAUCAACCGCCUGCUGAAGAAGCGGAAGUUGGAACAAGUUUAUGUCGCCGGUGAUGUGCUUGAAGGCUUCCGAACUGAGCUCCGCUCCAUGGUCAAGGAGGCUUUGUACUUCUUCUCUCCGGAUGAUGGUGCAGACAGGCUUCCUUUGAGGGGUCAAGAGGAGCUGGUGGAACUGCUGCUGGCAGCCAAAGCCGAGUAUUUCAUUGGCACUUCUGGCUCCUCGUUCUCCGCGGCAGUGCGCCGACAAAGGAAGUCUGCGGGCUUGCCAGCCAAGACGUCAGAGGAGGUCUUUUGUGGGAACCUCACAGAGACCGAGGCCGCACGGAAGUGCGUAGAGUAAUCUCUCCAGAAGCAAAUGGAGCGCAGAAGCAAGUGAAACCACAGAAGCAUUCGCCAUUGGAGAAAGCCAUGAGUGAAGGGUUUUGGUGGGUUGGCUUGAACCAGAGAUAUCCCUUGAGGUAGUUGUAUA